CUUACUCCAACAAACAUGGGGAAGAAGCCAUCCGGUCCCGCCUACGUCCUCGGCGUGGGGAUGACCAAGUUCAUCAAGCCCCGCGGCAAGGUCGACUACAACGAGCUUGGAUUCGAAGCCGGGGUGAAGGCCAUGUUGGACGCGCACAUCAACUACGACGACGUCGAGCAAGGCGUCGCGUGCUACGUGUACGGCGACAGCACGUGCGGUCAGCGCGUAUUCUACCAGUUUGGGCUGACCCAGAUCCCCAUCUACAAUGUCAACAACAACUGCUCGACCGGCUCGACCGGCCUGGCCAUGGCCCGCACCAUGGUCGCCCACGGAGCCGCGGACUGCAUCCUCGUCGUCGGCUUCGAGAAGAUGAGCCCCGGCAGUCUCCAGUCUGUCUACAACGAUCGCGCCAACCCCACGGGAUUAUUCGGUAGUAUGAUGGCCGAGACGCGGGGAGUCACCAAUGCCCCCGGCGCAGCGCAGAUGUUCGGCAACGCGGGUCGUGAAUAUAUGGAGAAGUACGGUGCCAAAUCGGAAGACUUUGCCGAAAUCGCCCGCAUCAACCACGAGCACUCGAAGCGCAACCCGUACUCGCAGUUCCAGGAUGAAUACACGCUCGAGCAGAUUCUCAAGGCGCCCAUGAUCCAUGAGCCCCUGACCAAGCUGCAGUGCUGCCCGACCUCGGACGGGGCGGCGGCGGCGGUCAUUGUCUCGCAGGCCUUCCUCGAUGCGCGCCCUCACCUCAAAGACCAAGCCGUCCUCAUUGCCGGCCAGCAGCUCGCCUCCGACAACAACACUGUCUACAACCGCAGUUCCAUCGACUUGAUGGGUUUCGGGAUGACUCGCGGGGCGUGUCGCGCCGCCAUUGCCGAAGCGGGCGUGAAUGUGAAGGACAUCAAGGUGUGUGAGCUGCACGACUGUUUCUCCGCCAACGAGAUGAUCACCAUCGAUGCUCUCGAGCUGUCGGAUCCCGGAAAGGCACAUGAGAUGGUCCAAAAGGGCGAUAUCACGUAUGGCGGUAAGAUGGUGAUCAACCCCUCGGGCGGGCUCAUCUCCAAGGGGCACCCGCUCGGGGCCACGGGUCUCGCGCAAUGUGCAGAGCUGGUCUGGCACCUGCGCGGCUGGGCUAACAACCGGUUGGUCAGCGGGACUGAUGCCGCGUUGCAGCACAAUCUGGGCUUGGGCGGUGCGGUUGUGGUGACGGUGUACAAGAGAGCAGAUGGCAAGGUUGCAACACCCGUGCCGUCGGACGUUGUUGCCAACGUCACGGGUCUGGGCUACAACCCGGCAGUCACAGCGAAGGGCUUUACCGCGGAACAAGCCAGAUCAGUCCAAAGCAAGAGUCACAGGGACAAGUGGGCUUUGGGCAAUGCUCAGGAUAGGGUUUUGGCACGUUUCUAGUGGUGGGACCACAUUACUCAGAAUGAAGCUUGAAGCGCGUUGUUUGCCCGGACUACAACAUGAGGCCUUCCGGCUUCCUGACUUGGUACUAUAAUUUCUAUCAUUUCCAUGGCGCACAGGAUAUCUGAUGCUUGGCCUUUUUAUUCUCCUUUGUUAUGCGGAAUACCAAGUGAUCAAUACUAAGCGG